AUGAAUGUCAGUAACUUUGUGGUACUCCCUGGUUCAAAAACUGGAAUGUCUGUAAAACUGAAAGCAAAAAGUAUACAAGAGCUGCACUUGGAGAAGGUUCAGCUGGAAGUUGAAAAUAAGGAAAUGGAGAAGAAACUGCAGCAACUGCAAUCAAACAUGAACCGAGAAAAACAAGAAAGAGAACGAGCAAAUGGAUAUCACUGGAAGUCAGGUCAUGUUGGCUCGGGCACACAGUCCCAACUGUUGUCACAAAAUAAAGAAAAUGUUGGCAAGGUUUCUUCAGGCAAAAUAAAAUUGAGAGUACUCAAAGAACAAGUUCAAGCUCCAGAGCCAGUGCAACCACCCCUGCCAUGUAAAGCAGCAAAUGAUUUAUCCAUUGAAAAGCCUAAAGUUAAGGGGAAAGCAUGUGGUCAGUGUGAGACUAAGACUGCAUUGCUGGUGUGCUUAGAGUGUGGAGAAGACUACUGUCCUAGCUGCUUUGCCAAAGUACACCAGAAGGGGGCACUAAAGCUCCACAGAAUAACUUCAGUGCAGGCAAAAGCACAUGUUUCAGUUGGGAAACUGAAGGCUGCACAACAGUUUUUGAAGGAAACUUCUAUGGCACCACCUACAGAAGGCAAGCCUGAAAGCCAGAAAUAUGGGUCUUUAUUGCAUGGUACGUUUGAUGAAGAAAAAUCCUCAAGGUACUUUCAGGAAGCUGUAAAUCAGUGGAGAAGUGGAAAUUACUCUCAGAAAUCCAAGGAAGAACGCUCAUGUCAGGUUGGAUCAGAAAAUUCAGAAACUUGUCAGGUGCAGACAAGUCCACCAGUUGUGAAAAAAACUUUUGAAAUUGAAUUUAAAGAAGAUAGCUUGAAAUAUAUGGAAAGAUUAUUGAUAAAGAAACAUAGAAGAACUCCAGUUGACAAAUUGCCAGAUCAUGUAAUAGUCAGUGAACUGCAACUUGAAAAAUCAUUGGUAAAUGAAAUUCCUGAUACUUGGGUUGGAGAAGAGGAAGGAGAGGAGAUGGAAGAUGCAGAUGAUAUUGCAAUUGCUUAUUUUAAAGCUAAAGAAAUGAAAAAGUACUGGACAAAUGUUUUUGAACAAGAUGAGCCUGAGGCAGUUCUUACAAACUCUGAGCCCUCUCUGAAAAUCAAGAUCCUUGAAGAUGCUUGUGAUGAGGAGCCAGAAGAAUCGGCUAAUUUUGUAGUGAUGGAAGCUGGUUCUGAUGAGCUAACUGAUUAUAGUGGUACCAUGUCAAAAAAUAAGAAAACUGAACCAGGCAUUUUUCUGGCACAAGCUGGCACUAUUUCCACAAGGUCACCUCAUUCUUCUGCAGUCAACAAAGAAAAGUGUUUAACUUUUCCUCAUGAUAAGCAUGAAGAAACACCUAGAGGAAGUGCUCCAACACAACCUGAAGGAGCUGACAUUAUUUGUGGUUGUUCCAGUGCAGAAGACAUGGUUCCCAGCACCUUUUGUAAACAAGCAAUAACUGAAGAAGAAAGUGCUAACAUAGAAAACAAUAGCUUCUGCCAUAUGUCAUCUGAGAAUUCUUCUCCUCGAUUGGCUCCUACUGAACUUUUCCCUGUGACGGACAGCAAGGUAUCAUCAGAGGUGAAUAUAGUUUCACCAGUCACUACCAAGUUAUCUGUGCAUUUUAAGUGUUUCCAUUGCUUGUUACUGAAAAGUACAUUAAAAUUUUCAGAUGCUUGGGAAGAAUGUAAUGUUUUAAACUCUGGAGAUUUCAACAUAGAUUCAAAGGUAGCAUGUCAAAAUAUUCCCAAUUUCCAGAAAAAUGAAAUAAAAGUCUACAGUCAAGGUGAUACUAUAAGGUAG